AUGGUGAAAGUAAACUUCAACGGCGCUAUAUUCUCAACCCAAUCUUCAGCAAGCCUUGGCAUGGUUGUUCGGGACCAGGCUGGAUUGGUUUUGGCUACCCUUUCACAAAAGAUUCCCAUGCCUACUUCGGUAGAGACAGUGGAAGUGAUAGCAGCACGAAGGGCUCUAGAAUUUGCUAAAGAGCUUGGAUUUGAGAGAAUAAUGGUUGAAGGAGAUUUUGAAAUUAUCAUCAAAACAAUCAGGGAGAAAACACUCCUUUCCUCAGUCUUGGGACACAUUUUGGAAGAUAUCCAUGUUUUAUCAGGCUCCUUUAGCAGCAUUUCCUUUCAUCACAUUAAGCGUAUGGGCAAUUGUGUAGCUCACCGCCUAGCUCGUAGAUCAUUUUGUAAUCCUCUAUUAGUAUGGAUGGAGGAAGUUCCUCCUGACAUUGUAGAUGUUUACAACCAUGAUCUUAGUUUUAUGCAUGAAUAA